ACACACACAGACAGAAAACCGAACUAGUAAAAGGAAGGGCUAGUUUCCGUCUUCAAACAGAGCUUUUAUCUUUUAAACGUUUCUCAUCAAAUAUUUACGCAGCAAAAGCACAAAGUUGUUUUUCCUUUUCCAUUUUUUCUGCGAUCAGUAAAAGUUGCAGCGAGUUUGCUAGAAGUUUGCUCGUUAUGACAUUCCUCGGAGGAUUGCAAAAGUGGAGGGGGGAGUUUAACCGAGAUUAGUCUCUUUAUGCUUUUUCACGUGAAAGAGCCUUUAUAAAAAGGCGACAUCUUAGAGAAAACGGUGGUUUGACUGGUGCUGCUUGGAGGAAAAGGACUAAGUUUGGAGUUGAGUUGAGUUUGCACAUCCAAACAUGGGAGCCUAUACACUACCGGAGGGAUUCUCGGACUUUGACAUGUUUGCAUUCGGCUCUGCGCUUCUUGUUGGGGGUAUGCUGGGAUUCUUCCUUAAUGCCAUCAGCAUCCUGGCCUUCCUCAGAGUGAAGGAGAUGCGAACUCCCAGCAACUUCUUCGUUUUCAACCUGGCCUUGGCUGACAUCAGUUUGAAUAUAAAUGGGCUCACAGCUGCUUAUGCAAGUUAUCUCAGGUACUGGCCAUUUGGUCAAGAUGGUUGUAAUUAUCACGCUUUCCAGGGGAUGAUAUCAGUCCUGGCUUCUAUCAGUUUCAUGGCUACAAUCGCUUGGGACAGAUAUCACCAGUACUGCACCAGACAAAAGCUAUUUUGGAGCACGACUGUGACAAUGAGCAGCAUCAUCUGGAUACUCUCCAUCUUCUGGGCCGCUGUUCCACUCAUGGGAUGGGGUGUCUAUGACUUUGAGCCAAUGAGGACAUGCUGCACGCUUGACUACACCAAAGGCGACAGGGACUAUAUUACCUACAUGCUUGCUUUGGUGGCUCUCUACCUGACUUUCCCAGCGAUCACCAUGUUUUCAUGUUAUGACUCCAUCUACAAACACUUCAAGAAGAUUCAUCAUCACAGGUUCAACACCAGUUUGCCUUUGAAGGUAAUGCUGAUGUGUUGGGGCCCCUACGUCCUCAUGUGCAUCUAUGCCUGCUUUGAGAAUGUGAAACUUGUCUCUCCAAAACUGCGAAUGGUGCUUCCAGUUGUUGCAAAAACAAAUCCCUUCUUCAAUGCCCUUCUCUACUCAUUUGGAAAUGAGUUCUACCGAGGCGGCGUCUGGAACUUCCUCACUGGACAGAAGAGUGUUGAGCCAGAUGUUAAGAAGUCCAAAUAAAAGAAAUUAACAGGUUCUGUUAAAAAAUGUAAAAGUAUUUUUUUGGCUUCUUAUACUAACAUACUAAUGUGUUGUAAAGCCAAUGAGAUGGCUGCACACUUUUUCUUCUCUCACUUAUUUAGACGAUAGUUGACCUUCAGGAUAGUCUUUCUGUUUGCACCUCUCCCAUCUCACACUGAAUGCUUGAUGAAGAAAAACAUUUCUUCAGCAAGCAACUGCAAACUCCUUCAUCCACAUUCUACUCAGUAAAUGAUUCCUGCUGCUGCGUGUCUGCUGUGUGCUUUGUUUAAAGCUGAUUAAGAUGGUGAGGUAACUUCUGUUUAUGGUGAGGAAGCAGUUACUGUGUUAAGACUGUCGUAUGCAAUCACACUACACCUGAGGCGCUGUGAGUCUAAUCACUUUUUUACAUACACUGAUUACUGGAGCGUGUUCAGGAAGGAAUAAAUUAGUAGAUGUUGCAGAGGUUUUUGUGUCAUUUUGCUCUACUUUAAAUCCACAUAAAAAAAAUUUUUAAACAUUCUUUAAACUGUGCAGAUGGAGCCUCUCCAGUUAAUACAAGCUAAUUUGGUUAAAUGCAAAUAAUGGGGGAAGUAAUAGUCUAUAAGCACCAAAUAAAAGAUCAAGUCAAAUACCAA